CUCCAGACCUUCCCAUCCAACAUCCUUCUCACCUAGAUCCUACCCACUCCAUCCCAACCCUCCUCCCCUGCCCCCAAUUCCGUUCAACCAGGAAAGAUGACGUCUAAACCUAAACCAAUUAGGAAUGCUAAUCCACUAGAGGCCAGAUUUGCAAACUGCUCCCUAAUCUGGAGAGAACAGCCACACUGUGUGGCCCAAAGGCCCUGGAGAAAGAGUAGCUUUACAUCGACAUUUGCAUUCACCACAUCCUGGAGGUCGGUGUUCUUUUCCUGAUGUCCGUCCCCGUUCUUCUUUAGAGUGGGUGACCACCCCCAGCACUGUGGCAGCCCAUGGCGGAAGACAAACGAAAGCUGCUACUUUCUCAUCUACCUUCCAUCUGGUAGACCUAGGCCUAAUCCCUGGGACAAGGAUGGCGGGUGCAAAGGCUGUCACAGGCCCCAGCACCUCCCUCCGCCUGGCACAACGCACUGAAGUCAGCAGUAUUAUGGUGAAUCCUCCCUUCUAUCAGGUGUCCUGCUGUGGGCCUGUUCCCUGUACCUGCUGCUGCCAUUCUAGGUGCCCCCUUGUCACAGAAUCUACUUGUAGCCGCCUGUUCUACAUCCUCCUCCAUCUGGGGUCCUCAGCAGUCUGCUGCCUCCUGCUGUCAAAGAGAGUAGUGGAAAGGGUCUGGGGGAAGGAACAUGGGAUCCAGAUGCCCUCAGGGUUGUGUGCCCAUCUGUUUGGCCACCCUCAUUGCCCAGUGCUCAGUGGCUCUGGAGCUGUGUACCGAGUAUGUGCAGGAACUGCCACCUUCCACCUGCUGCAGGCUGUGCUACUUGUCCAGCUCCAUUCCCCCACCAGCCUGAGGGCACAAGUCCAUAACAGCUUCUGGCUCCUCAAACUGCUGUUCCUGCUAGGUCUCUGUGCUGUUGCCUUCUGCAUCCCUGAUGAGCAUCUCUUCCCAGCUUGGCAUUACAUUGGCAUCUGUGGAGGCUUCAUAUUCAUCCUGCUGCAGUUGGUGCUUAUCACAGCCUUUGCCCAUUCCUGGAACAAAAACUGGCAGACUGGUGCAGCCCAAGACUGCUGCUGGUUCUUGGCGGUACUGCUGGCCACCCUGGGAUUCUACAGCAUGACAGGUGUGGCAGCUGUGCUCCUGUUCCGCCACUACACACACCCAGCUGGCUGCCUACUCAACAAGAUGCUGCUUAGUCUGCACCUUUGUUUCUGUGGCCUCCUCUCCUUUCUCUCCAUCGCUCCCUGCAUACGCCUCAGGCAACCCCGUUCUGGCCUUCUACAAGCCUCUAUCAUCAGCUGCUAUAUCAUGUACCUGACUUUCUCUGCACUGUCCAGCCGUCCUCCAGAGAAUGUAUUCCUUGAAGGACAAAAUCACACUCUGUGCCUCCCUGGCCUAAGUAAAGUGGAAUCGCAAACACCAGAUACUUCUCUGGCAGUGCUAAGUGCUGGCAUCAUGUAUACUUGUGUCCUUUUGGCUUGCAAUGAGGCUUCCUACCUGGCUGAGGUAUUUGGGCCCUUGUGGAUUGUCAAGGUUUACAGCUACGAGUUCCAGAAGCCCUCACUCUGUUUCUGCUGCCCUGAAACAGUGAAACCAAAGGAAGGCCAGAUGGGUGGGGCUGCCAGGCCAGCUGACCAAGACACCUCUCCAGCUCCUCCAGCACAAGCCCAGCAUCUCUCCUACAGCUAUUCUGCCUUCCAUUUUCUCUUCUUCCUUGCAUCACUCUAUGUCAUGGUUACCCUUACCAACUGGUUCAGCUAUGAGGGAGCAGAACUGGAAAAGACCUUCACCAAGGGUAGCUGGGCUACCUUCUGGGUCAAGGUUGCCUCAUGCUGGGCCUGUGUACUCCUCUAUCUUGGGCUGCUAUUGGUACCACUCUGUUGGUCCCCCACCCAGGACUCCCAGCCACCUCCUACAUUCAGGGGACCCGGCCUUCGCAUAAGUACUGCAAGGUAACAAAUAUUCAGUCUAGGUACUGUUAACUGGGGUUCCCUUAAGGUCAUACUCCCUGUCUUGACUCAGGAACUGCCCAGCCCAGCAGGUACCUCAAGGACACAAUGGGCAGUUAUCUCCCCUUUAAGUCAGUACUAUUUUUGAACAGGAGAUAGUGGCCAUACAUACUCUAAUGCCAUGGGCAGAGUGUCUCACUCACUGGAGCUAGUGUUACAUCUUUACCCCAGCUCAAGAACCUAACUCCCAAGUCAGCAGCUCAGGAACCACUGCUGAUCCCAGCAGAGAGUGCGGCACUAGCCCUUUCCUGGCUCUCACAGUGGAGAUGGGGGCAGGGAAAGACCAACAGGGACUGAAGACUUACUUGGCUCUGCCCUUGGAGAUAAAAAGAAAAACAAGCAGUUCAGCCCUGGGCACAGGGAGAUAAGCAGCCCAGAACAAACCAGGACACAGAAAGAAAGAAACAGAGACCACCCUAGGUUUUAUCCUGAUCUUGAGGUCAAAGAAGUGGGAAGACAAAAACCACCCUUAUUCCAUGAAGAAUGACAGAACAGAAGAGAAUGUGAACACCAGAGAGCAACUGACCGUGAGAAGUCAGUGAGCAGCAGGAUUUGGGGGCCAACUUUCAAGCAAAGUUUCAGGCGAGCAAAAUGAGGAAGAAUGAGAAAGAGGGGCAUAAACUUAGGUCUUGAAGCCUUCCUUCUUAGACCCUCAACUCCAUCCUUGGGAUGGUGUUCAAGGUCUGGGUGGGGGACAAAAAUCACAGAAAAGAAGUUCCUAAAGUUCUUAGAGGAUUCCUCUACCACAUACUUGGAGUACUUGUCUGUUUGUUGUAGUAAAAUA